AUGGGCCCUGGAGAUCUCGCGGCACGGCAAGAAAUCGGUCGCCACCGGCUCCUUUUUGUAUUCGCCGGCGGUGCGGGUUCGCAGAUCCCAGUCGCGCCCGCGUACGAGAACCGCGGAGCCUUCAAAGGAACUGCCUUGCACUCGGUCGAGUACAGGAAUCCUGACGCGUGGGCUGGGAAGCACGGCAUCGUGAUCGGGACGGGGAAUACCGCCCAUGAUACAGUCGAAGACAUGCUGAGUGCGGGUCUUGCUUCCGUGACGGUAGGAGCUUGA